AUGGCCGCCUCGGCUGUGGCGCCUUUACGGCGAAGUGCCAGAAACGUGAAGAAGGAAGCUGCCGUGGAAACCAAGAUAGAUUCCGGCGACAAACGGGCUGCCUCGCAUGCAAUUAAGCGCAGUGCUUCACAAAAUCCCCCAAAGAGGCCAAACGUCAAAAAGGUCAAGGCUGAGCCUGUGUCGCCUUCAGCCAAACACAUCUCCAUCAUCAGCUCUCGGGAUUUAGGUAUCAAGACGGCGACGGCCAAAGCGGACAUACUCAAAGAGCGCAAACUCAAGUCCUUUUCCGCUUUUUCCAAACAAUCCCCGUACCCAGACUUUGCACGCCCGACCGCGGAAGAAUGCAGGGCUGCUCACAAGAUUCUGGCCAAAUGCCACGGCGAGCGGAUUCGCCCAGAAGAAGUCGUGGCGCCUACCAAUGCCGCAGGCUGCGGAGAUUCGCCGUCCGUCCUGGAUGCCCUGGUGCGCACAAUCCUGUCACAGAACACGAGCAACAAGAACAGCACCCGAGCCAAGCUGAGCAUGGAUGAAGAAUAUGGCGGUAGCGAUAAGUGGGAAGAGAUUGCCAACGGUGGCCAAGCGAGGCUGGAGAAGUCGAUCCAAACAGGCGGUUUGGCUGCCACCAAGAGCAAGGUCAUCAUUGGCAUUCUGCAGCAAACAAAGGCAAAAUACGGCGUCUACUCACUUGACCACUUGUUUGAGGCGUCAGACGAGGAUGCCAUGAAGGAGAUGAUUUCCUUUCAGGGGGUAGGGCCGAAAACGGCAAGUUGCGUAUUGCUAUUCUGCUUGCAACGACCAAGCUUUGCAGUCGACACCCACGUCCACCGCAUUACCGGUCUCCUUGGCUGGCGACCAGCUGCUGCCGGCAGAGAAGAAACGCAGGCCCAUUUGGAUGCGGUGGUUCCCGAUGAAGAGAAAUACCCUCUGCAUGUACUUUUUGUGACCCACGGCAGACAAUGCGAAGAGUGCAAGGCCGGUGGUAGGAAUGCGAAAAUCUGUGAGCUACGGAGAGUCUUUAAAAACGGCCGCUUCACUCCGACGAGUGAGACCAUCAAAGACGAGAAUGAUGGUGACAUGAAGAAAGAGGAGGAUUAG